AUGUCAGAUCAUGUCUACAACUUUCAACCACUGACAUUAUCUGCCACCUCUAUUCAAAUUUACAAUCCUGUGUUCAUUACCUUCCAGCGCAUGAUGAAGAGUACGAAGCUGUUCUCCUCUAAGGAACUUGGUGAAGCUCAGGACUUUUUGGCCUGCUGUUCAAAGUUUUACGUAUCAAAAUCAGCCCACCAGAAAGCAAUGGGUUAUAUGGCAUACAUUCUGGGUGGUGCAAUUAUCAGCACCACUGGGUUUGAGCUCUCACCAGAGCAAAGAAUUAUUGAAUUUGAUAGUGUCUUCUUCUAUUCUGCACCACCCAGCGUUGAGCGCAAAUAUCAAUAUCUGUUUCCCCUGGCAGGGAUUCAUGAAAUCAAGAACGAGAUUGGCAAGGCCGGCAACGACCCCAUUGCCCAAGCCAAAUGCCACUACGUAGCAUUUUAUUGCUCAGAAGAGGCUGGUAUCAGAGACAUGCACAAGCUGGACAGCUUGCUUAAUACAUCUUCCCCUGUAGUUGCGUGCGCUGGUCCCAACAUUAUGGUUGGCGGCGCGGUGUUUGCAGACCAAAUCAUUGUGCAACAACUUACUGACUACAUCUCCAUCGUCCCUCAUGCCAAGAGUUUGGGGUCAGACAAGUCACCGCUCAGCGAAGCAAUCUACUGCGCUGCUCAGCUUCUUUGUGCACUGAAGAUUGCUCUCAUGGAACUGAAUGAUUACUACGCUUAUUUUAGGGUUCGCACUCCCACUUUGUCCACGACCUCGCACCCAUCUGCAUCCCAAACUAACGCUCGGGUGUUUUCAUCUACAACAUCCAGAAUGGGAUGCAGGUGA